UCUUGCAGAGUAUACACAUCAGUAAGUAUGUAGUACACACAUAUGUAUUUAAAUCCUCUCAAAUACAUAACGGCUCCAGCGUCUAUUUUCUGCUGAAUUGAUUGAAUUUUUAGUAGUGUUUGCCAGUGCUUGCUCAGUUAAAUGCUUGAAAUCACAGAUAUUAUAAGGCAUUGGUAUUAUUAUAUUACGUAAUAUUAUAUUACAGAUACCACGGGACAAAAAAUUCUAAUUAAGAAUUUACAUACAUCCAAUGUAAUGUAGUAUGUCAUAACAAGAAAAAUGAUUUAUGGCCAACAUUUUGUUUCUGUCGGUUUAUUGGCAUGGUGCAUACUCGUCUUUAUGAACGAAUUCUUUACUCUGUUCAUUAAGAAAUUAUAUUGCGAUUAUAAUUAUGGCUCAAGCGAAACUUAACUCACAAGACAGAGCAGGCAGUACGCUUAAGGAUAAGGAGACAGAGUCUGACGAAAAGGAAGGCUCAACGAUAAUACCAGAAUGUGCAGACUGCCUUCGGCCAUGCUUAUAUCCAACAAAAUUACCUUGCAAUCAUGUUUUUUGUUACCUAUGUGUCAAAGGUGUUGCAAAUCAAAGCAAAAGAUGUCCUAUGUGUCGUCAAGUAAUUCCUCCAGAUUUCGUAGACAGACCACAAUUAGUAGAAAUAGAAGACACUCGUGAAGAAUUAGAUAGUUCUGAAAAAGAAUAUCAUUGGUUUUUUGAAGGUGGAAAUGGUUGGUGGAAAUACGAGUCGAAGAUCAACAAGGAUUUGGAGACUAUGUACAACCUUGGUAAAACCAAAUGUGAAAUUCGUGUUUCCGACUCAAUUUAUAUAGUUGACUUUCAAAAGCAUUGUCAAUAUGGAAAAUAUACACCACGCCAUAAGCUUUACAUCAAACGCGAUAGGAUAGAUGCACCUUGCGUAGGUGUAGGUUUCAGAGAUGUGAACAUCAUCCUUCUAUGAUCCUUAUUAUUUAUUAUAAAAUAUUUAGAACGCAAAUUGUACGUUGCCUGCGGUUGGAGGGUUAAAAACAGCUCAUGUAACAUUCUACCAAUUCAAAAUUUUACUUAAAUUCCUGAAUGUAGGAAAAGAUGUAUAAAAGCAUAUAUUAAAAUUCAAAAUAUAUACAUGUA